UGCCUUUGAACCUUUUCAGAUAUGGCAAGAGAGAGAGAGAGAGAGAGAGAGAGAGAGAGAAACUAACAAACAAUGAAAAGGAAAGGCGAACUACACGCACUAAGGCUAUAAGCUGCGUGCCAACAAAGUGAGAGAGAACCCACAUUUGAACAAUAUUCAAAAAAAAAAAAAACUCAAAGCAUUGAGAAGAAGAAGAAGAAGAAGAAAGAGUGGUCAUCAUGAGCCGUUUGGCUCCAUUGUUGGAAGAGCCGAUCGAAGAAGGAGAAGGAGGAGGAGACGCGCAAAGAGGCAGAACCAAACCAUUUUCAUGGAGAAAAUGGGUGAAAACACAUUUCUCCUUCAUGGGUUUUCACCCAAAAUCAGAUAUCAAAGUCCUUUUGAGCGUCAUUGGAUGCCCUCUUUUCCCCGUUCCCCCUCUUCCCAAAAUCUCUCUCCAUGAGGUAUCAUCAUCAGCACAAUACAUAAUACAACACUUCACGGCGGCGACCGGGUGCAAGAAAUUGGUCGGGAGAGUGAAAAACACAUUCGUCACCGGCAAAAUCGCGAUGGCUAUGUGCGACGAACUCGGCGGCGGCGGUGGCUCGGCCGUGGCCCACAAGGGCCGGUUCGUAAUGUGGCAGAUGUUUCCCGACAAGUGGCUGAUCGAAUUAGUCGCUAAGGGAACUCUACGGCCUCUACGCCGCUCCCUACAGGGAUUGGACCCGUUGACGAUAUCGUCGGUAUUCUCGUCCGCGCAAUUUGUCGGGGAAAAGCAGAUGGGAGGGGACGAUUGCUUCGUGCUCAAGUUAUCGACCGACCAAACCGAUCUGACGAGGCGCAGCGACUCGACCGCCGAGAUGAUCAAACACGUCGCCUUCGGCUACUUCAGCCAAAGGAGCGGCCUGCUGGUCUACUUGGACGACUCCUCCUUGACCAGAAUCCAAAUACCGGGAACUCUUCCAACGUACUGGGAGACAUCGAUGAGCACAUGGAUCGAAGACUAUAAGGCGAUCGAAGGCAGCGAAGUAGUGAUCGCACACUCUGGUCGGACAAAUGCCCUUAUCUCCACUUUUGGAGAUUCUUCCAAGGGAGGAAUCUCCGUCACCAAGAUGCAAGAGACUUGGUCCAUCGACGAUGUCGCCUUCAACGUUCAAGGCCUUUCUCCCGAUUGCUUCAUUGCCCCUAAAGAAAUCAAGACUGAAUUUCACCCCGACAGAAGAAUGUCCUCGUUCUCGAUCGGAUCUGAUCUGAUCGAUUAGGGUUUUUUUUUUUUGUGGUUCUUGUUCUCGUUCUUGUUGUUCUUGGGUUUCCAAAGUAAAAAUGCUAUAGUGUGAAAGUCUUUUCCUUU